AUGAAUUUUUUUUCUAUUUUCAUAAUCCUUAAUUUUUUUAUGCUCAGUUUAACUUCAAGUUUGGGAAAUGGAUUUUUACAUUCUUCCAUAACAUUUAGUAAUGAUUUCUGUAAAGGAAUGAACUUACAUUUUCUUAUUAGUGCUGAAGAAAUUGAUAGUAAAUUCUUUUUAAACAAAAUGCUACUAUUAAUUUUAGGAGGUUCAUCUUAUAUGAGAUACAGUAAAGAGAAUUAUUUUUCUGUUUCUAUAUAUGAUAAGAAGCUAGUAUAUAAAAAUAUAAAAAAAAUUGAAAACAUACAAGGGGCAUCUUAUUAUGAACAACUGCAAUCAGCCUUUAAAAAACAUAUAAAACCUAGUGCUAGGAGAACCAAUUUAUAUGAAUCCUUAAAAGAAUAUUAUGAAAAAUAUAUAAUAGGAAAUAAAAAUAUAAAAAAAUCAAAAAAUAUUAUCAUUAUUGUAAAAAAAUUUACAUCAGAUGAUUUAUCUGAAUAUCAUGAAAAUUUAAAUAGGUAUAUUAAAGAAAUUAGAAGUAAAGAUGUUGGUAUAUAUUUUUUUUCUGAUGAUAGUAUCUAUUCUAAAAACAUAAUACUUAAUAUUUCAGAAAGUGGAUAUAAUAUGGAGGUACAGUAUCCCAUAGCUCACUUUGUAAGUGAAUCAUAUCGUGCUAAUGAUCUUUUUGGUGUUAAAAAAUUCUGUUAUCAAUUAUUACAUGGUGCAACUUGUAAGAGUUAUAAUGAGUGGUCAGAAUGGUCAGGUCCAUGUGAAUUUGAAAGAAGACAAAGAAUAAUUCCUCUUAAAAUAACAAACAUUGAGUCUACUAAUUUUCGUUCCCAUUAUGAUCCUUCAUGUAGGAAUGUUUUUGAUUAUAGCAUGUCAAUAAAAGAAGAUUUUCGUGUAAAUUGUAAGAAUUCUAUAUACGAAUGUAGGGGUAUAUGUGACAAAGGGUAUAAAUUCAAGCCUUAUGCGAAAUCUAACGAAAUUGUGGAAUCAUAUGAAGAAUGCAAUGAUUUACCUCCAUGUACAAGGGAUCAAAGAAAAAAUGGAGAUCAUACUUUAUACGCAGAUGUUAUUCUAAAUUCUUUAUUAUCAGAAUCUUCUAUUCAACAAAUUAGAGAUCGUGAUGAUCGUGCACUUAUCGAAAAAGAUAUGCCGGGUGAUACAGAAGAAAUGUCAAAUGAACGUCGAAUAAAGGAUAUGCACCUUUUCCUUGAUAAUAAAAUGAAGUACAUGAUAGAUAAACAACAUAAACUCAUCGAACAGUUACAAAAAGAUAUUCAAGAUAGAAAAAACAAAAAAGAUGGAAUCAUAGAGGACAAAAAAAAAGAAGUAGAAGAGAAAAAAGAACAGGUAGAAGAAAAAAAAGAAGAAAUGGAAGAGAAAAAAGAACAGGUAGAAGAAAAAGAAAAUCAGGAGCAAAAAGAGAAUACGAAUUUACAAGAGACCAAAACAAUCAACGAAUCACCUAUAAUAGAUAUGAAAAAUAAUGAAAAUACAUUACAGCAUACACAGAAAGAAGAGGAAAUAAAAAGGACGAGAAAACCUAUUGAUAAUUUUGAAAAUGAUGGAACUAAUAAGUUACAUGUAAUUAAUACAGGUAAUACAAAUACACAAAGUAGUCCAAAGGAUUUAGAUGGUGAUCAUUAUCCGAAUAAACAAAAUGUUUUAAAUAAUGAGCUUAAUAAAUUAGAAGAUCAAAAUGAAAAAGAUAAUGCAAAUGUUUUUUCAAUUCCAAUUAACGGAGAGAAUAUAAAAAAGAAAGAUAUAUACGAACAUCCCAAAGGAGUAGAAAGUGCAGAAGAUGUUCAUAUUAUACAUAAUCCCACAGAUCAAUCUAUAGAAAAUGGAAAUAAUAUAAUAAACAUGAAUAAUAAAUCUGGUAGCGAAAAUUCCUCUAAGAAUAUGAAUUCAGAAACACACAAUAUAAGUGAUCCUUUUAAUCUUAAACAUUUGAAAAAAAAUAAUGAUCAUGAUGGUAGUUCCGAAGCUAAUGGGAAUACAUCUUCAUAUAAUGAUAAAAAGGAAGACGUUGAAAUAAAUUUAGAACGAAAGGUUGUGGAACAAACGAAUGAACACAAAGAAACAGGCCAGUCCGAUUUGAAUCAUGAGAAAAAAGAAGAGAGUAUAUAUAUAAAUAAAGAAAAUAAAGAAGGGGAUAUAAUUAGGAAUAAUGGUGAGAAUGUUGAAAUACAUCUAGGAAAUAAUAGAAAAAAAAUUGUCGAUCUAAAAAAAGAAGACAUCGAAAAAAAUGUUAAUGUAAAACAUUUAAGCGUAGAUGAUUAUGGAUAUGAAUUGGAAGGUAAAAGAAUUAUAGGAGCAAACAAAAAUGAAGAUAAAGAAAUAGAAAAUAAGAAUGCAGAGGGUAAAAAAAUUGUAGAUAAAGAAAUAGAAAAUGAAUUUGUAGGAGGUAAACAAAGUGGUACUAAAGAAAUAGAAAAUGAACUUAUAGGAGGAAAACAAAUUGAAGAUAAGAAAAUUAGUGGUGAACAAAACCAAGGUGAGUAUGUUAAAGGUGAAAAAGAUAAUGGAGUGCAUGUUAAGGUUCAACAUAUAGAUGGUCAACAUAUUGAGGAUCAUGAUAAUGAAGACCACCAUAUAAAAGAUCAUCAAACUGGUGGUAAGCAAGGAACAGAUGAGAAAAAUGAAUAUAAUAACACACAAGACUCAAGCCUAACAUAUGGAAAAGAUAAGGAUGAAGAAUUUACAACUGAAAGCUCAAAUAUAAAUUAUACGCCAUAUAUAGAAAAGAACAAUCUUUCAUUGAAAACUGAUAAAAUAUAUGAACCACAUGUAGUGGAGGAAAUAAAUGAAGAAGAUAAGUUAUCAAAAGAAAAGACCGAAAGAUUUUCAAAUAAUCAAGAAAUUAUAAGAAAGUAUGAGCAAGAAAAUCAUAAAAUAAAUGAACAUGAGGAAGAAGAACCUGAUAAAAUUAAAUAUAAAAAUCUGAAUAUAGAACCACAGGUUGGCCAUAAAAUACGUGAGAAAAAUAUAGAUGAUGAUGUAGAGAAAAAGAAAUAUGAAUUUACAAAUACAGAAGAAACUUAUAAGAAUAAUGAGAAGAAUCAUAAUUUGAUUGGGAAAAAUGAAGUAUCAGAUGAAACUAUGAAUGAAUAUAUUAUAUCCCCUAAAUCAGAAAUUAUAAAUGAACAAGAAAAUACUCCUCAAUAUGAAGAAGUCUUAUCAAAAAAUAUUAAUAAUGAUAAAGAUAACGGAAAACGAAUAAACAAUAACGAUCAAUUAGAGUCUCCUAUAUUAUCAAAUGAAAAGAAAACCGAUGAUAUCCAUAUUAUAGAGGAAAAGGAAAAAAUAGAUAAACCUAUUCAUAAUAAUGAUCUUGAAAAUCAAAACCAUGAAAAAAAACAUAUACAGGAUGACAAACUAGAAGAAUAUUCAACCUUACCUAAUUCUAAGGAAAUGAAAAAUAUAUCAGGUGAUAAUAUAGAAAAUAAUUUAUUAUCUAACAAAAAGGAAGAAAAUCACAAAAUAAUUCAUGAAAAUAUAGAAGAAGAUACUACAUCAAAGGAUAAUGAAAAAAAUAUGCAAAAUUAUAUUAUCCAUGAUGACCUGGGGAAGAAAGAUAUAUCUAGGGAAAAUACUGGAGAAGAUAUUAGUCCAAAUAAAUAUUUAAAAAAUAAAGAAAAUUAUGGUAUAUUAGAUGAUAAAGGAAAAAUUAAAAUAUACGAAGAAAAUAAUGAAGAAUAUGUUACUGAUGUUGGAAGUGGGGAGAACAAAGUAUCUGAGGGAAAUAGUAACGAUAAUAUUAUGCCAGAAGAAUAUGGGAAAAAUAAGAAUUCUCAAGAAAAUAGUGAAGAUAACAUUAUGACAGAGAAAAAUGGAAAAAAUAAAUCUUCUGAAGAAAAUACUGACGAUAAUAUUAUGACAGAGAAAAAUGGAAAAGAUAAAUCUUCUGAAGAAAAUGCUAACGAUAAUAUUAUGACAGAGAAAAAUGGAAAAAAUAAAUCAUCUCAGGGAAAUAUUGACGAUAACAUUAUGACAGAAAAAAAUGGGAAAAAUAACAAUUCUCAGGAAAAUAGUGACGAUAACAUUAUGACAGAAGAAUAUGAGAAAAAUAAGAAUUCUCAAGAAAAUACUGACGAUAACAUUAUGACAGAGAAAAAUGGAAAAAAUAAAUCUUCUGAAGAAAAUACUGACGAUAAUAUUAUGACAGAGAAAAAUGGAAAAGAUAAAUCUUCUGAAGAAAAUGCUAACGAUAAUGUUAUGACAGAGAAAAAUGGAAAAAAUAAAUCUUCUGAAGAAAAUGCUGACGAUAAUAUUAUGACAGAGAAAAAUGGAAAAAAUAAAUCUUCUGAAGAAAAUGCUGACGAUAAUAUUAUACGAGAAGAAAAUGGGAAAAAUAAAUCAUCUCAGGAAAAUAGUGACGAUAACAUUAUGACAGAAGAAUAUGGGGAAAAUAAGAAUUCCCAUGAAAAUAGUGAAGAUAACAUUAUGACAGAAGAAUAUGGGAAAAAUAAAUCACCUCAGGAAAAUAUUGACGAUAAUAUUAUACCAGAAAAAAAUGGGGAAAAUAAAAAUUCUCAACAAAAUAGUGACCAUAACAUUAUGACAGAAAAAAAUGGGGAAAAUAAAAAUUCUCAACAAAAUAGUGACCAUAACAUUAUGACAGAAGAAUAUGAGAAAAAUAAGAAUUCUCAAGAAAAUACUGACGAUAACAUUAUGACAGAAGGAUAUGGGAAAAAUAAGAAUUCUGAAAAAAACAAGGAAGAAGAUAUAGCAUCAUAUGAGAUAGAUAAAAAUAGAAUAUCUCAUGAAAAUGAUCAAGAACAUUUUACUCCUUAUGAAAGUAGAAUAAACAAAGAAUUUCAUACAAAUGUUGAUUAUAAUAUUGUAUCAGGUGAUAAUGAAGAAAAAGGUAUAUCUGUGAAAAAUAUUAGCGAAGAUAUUAUUCCAGAUGGAAAAGGAAAAAAUAUACAAGAUGAUAUAAUCCUAGAAGAAAAUGGGGAAAAUAAAAAUUUUGAGGAAAAUAUUGAAGAAGAUAAAAUAUCAGAUAAGACCCAGAAAAGUAAAAUAUCUCAUGAAAAUGCUGAAGGACAUUUUACUCCAUAUGAAAGUGGAAAAAAUAAAAUAUCUGAUGAAAAUGAUGUAGAAUACAACAUUUCAGAUAUUAAUACAAAUAAAGAUCAAGAAGAAGUUGAAAGUAAACGUAUAUUUGAAACAAAUGAUAAUAUCAACAAACAUAUAUCAUCAAGUGAUAAUAAUAAAAUUAACAAAAUGAAACAAAAUAACAUAUUAAUAAAUGAAUCACAAGAUAAAAAUAUUGAUGUACAUAAUAAAUUAGAUAAAAUUCUUAAAAACGAACAUGUAACAUCUGAUGAAUCUUUAGAAAAAAUUAAGGAAGAAAAUGGAAAUACACGAAAAAAUAAAGGAUCAAUUAACAAUGAGGAGAAGAUCGAAGAAGAGAAAGAAAAUGUAAAAAAUGAUGAAACUAUAAUUGGAAAGAAGGAAGAAAAUACAGAAUCGGAUGAUUUGAAAAUACAAAAGAUAUCUAAUGAAAAUAUUAACAAAAACAUACUAUACACUGAUAAUUAUAACAAGGAUAAGUCAUAUAAUGCACAAGGGGGAACCCAUGGAGAAAAUGAUGAAACAACUAAUGGAACUAAUAUAUCAAAUGAUGGAUUGGAUAAAAAUGUUAAGAUAGAUCAGUAUAUUUCAAAAGGAGAAAAUAUUCUUCAGGAAAAUAAGGAAGAUAUAAUACCAAGUGUAACAAUUAAUAAUAGUUUAGGUGAUAAAUAUGUAAAAGAAAAUUUAUCACCAGAGGAUAUAAAAAAGAUGGAAGUAGCUCAUAAAAAUAUUCAAAAUAUUACAUCUGAAGAUGAAUUGGGAACACAAAAAAAAGAUAAUGAACGAAAUAAAGAAGAUAAAUCACCAAAUGGUGUUGAAGAAAAUCAUCAAGAAAAUGAUAAAAUUAUAGGGGAAGUAAACUUAUCAAAUAUGAAUAUGAACGAAAGUAAUAUAGGAAAUAGUGACACGAUAAAUCAACAUUUACUUAAUGAAGGAAAAAAUAUACAUCAUAAAGGCAAUGUCAAUAGUGAGACUAAUGAAAUGACGAAUAAUAGUGGAACACAAAAUAUUAUAUCAAAUGAACAAUUCGAAAAAAAUAUAAUUAGAGGAGAUGAUAUAAAAGAUAAAAUGAAUGAAAAUGUUAAAAUAGAAGAUGAAACAGGAAACAAUAUAAAAAUUAACAAAUAUAAUGAUAAUGCUAAAAUAUUAAAUGAAUUAAUUAUUAAAAAUCAAGGAACUCAGGAUAGUGAUGCAGAUGAUAUAUCAACAAACGGUAGUGAUAAAAUGGAUCAAAUAGAAAAUAAAAAUGAAAAUAUACAUAAAAUAAAUAAUGUAAAUGUCGAAAAAGAUAAAAUAUCAAAUGACAAGGAAGACAAUAUUGUACCCCCUGAACAUAAAGAGCAUGAUAUUAUAUCAGAUAAUAAAAAAAAAGAAUUUGAUAAUGUACUGGAAAUACCAAUUAAAGGACAUAAUAUAUUAGAUGAUAAAGAGACAAUAACUGAACAAGUUGAAGAAAAAAGUAUAGGACAAGAUAAAAGUAUGGAGAAUAAUAAUGUAUCUACUAAUGAUGGGAAAGAUAUUCAUAUACAAGAGGAAGAUAUAAAAGGAAAUAUAAUUAAUAAUGUUAAUGACAAACAUAGUGAAUCAAAAAAAAAUAACUUACAUAUUGAUGAACCAAAUAAAUAUGUUGAGGAAAAAGAAAUCAAAAAGCAUGAAAUAGCAGAUCAUGAUAUUAAGAAAGAAUUUAAGGAAAUACAAGAAAAUGAUUCUAAUAAAAAUGAACCAUCAAACGAAAAUAUUUUAGUAGAUGUAAAUGCACAAGAUGAUAAAAAUAUAUCUAAAUUAACUAAUGAUUUGCAUGAUCAGGAAAAAGGAACAAAUAAUGAUUCAGUUGUAGAACAUAAUGUAUCAGAUAAAACAAUAGGUAAACAUAAAUUUAAAAAUGAAAAAAUUGGAGAUAUCGAAUCAUUUGAAACAAAUAUUAAUGAGAAUAAUGAAAAAAUUGUCGAUUCAAUAAAUGGAAAUGGUAUUAGACAAAAAAUUGUACAGAAUGAAAAUAAAAAUAAUUUGAAUAAUCAAGAUAAUAAAGAAUAUAAUGAACAUAUUACCAUACCAAAUGAAAAAAUACAAGAAAGUGGAUAUAUCAAUUACAAGAAGGAGAAUGAAAAGGAUGUACAAAAUCAAUUUAACGGAAAUGAACAAAUAAGUUCCAAUGUAUCACAAACGGAAGGAGAAAGAAAAGAAAAUUAUAUAAUAGAUGGAGAAAAUCAUAAUUCUACAGACCAAAUAAAUAAUAUAAAAAUGGAAGGUGAUAUAAGUAGUAAUGAGGAACAUAAAAAGAUCAAUUCAAAUUUUAAUGAUGAAAAAGAAAUAAAAAAUAAUACUAGAGAAAUACCGAUAAUGGAACAUAAUUUCAAUACAAAUAUGGAUAGUGUUAAUGAUGAUAAAAUAAAAGAGGAAAUGUCACAUAUAAAAAAUAUGGAAUAUGUAGUAGAUAGUUUUGAUAAAAUAGAUAAUGCACCCAAUGAACAAAAUAUAAUUGAUCAUAAUGGAAAACAUUCUGUGAUUAAAGGAGAAAUAAAAGAAGACACAAAACAUGAAAAAGAAAAUGCAAAACAAAUGAACGAAGAAAUAAAAAAUGUAAAGGAACAAGAAAUAGAACAUGAAAGGAAAAAUGAAACGAAAGAGGAAAAGGAACAAAGUAUAAAAGAAGGAAAAAAUAAAGAAUUUGAAGAGGGAAGGAAUAAAGAAUUUGAAGAGGGAAGGAAUAAAGAAUUUGAAGAGGGAAGGAAUAAAGAAUUUGAAGAGGGAAGGAAUAAAGAAUUUGAAGAGGGAAGGAAUAAAGAAUUUGAAGAGGGAAGGAAUAAAGAAUUUGAAGAUGGAAGGAAUAAAGAAUUUGAAGAGGGAAGGAAUAAAGAAUUUGAAGAGAGAAGGAAUAAAGAAUUUGAAGAGGGAAGGAAUAAAGAAUUUGAAGAAGGAAAGAAUAAAGAAAUUAAAGAAGUAAAUGACAAAAAAUUUGAAGAAGGAAAGAAUAAAGAAAUUAAAGAAGGAAAUAAGAAGAAAGUUCAAGAACAAAAUGACAAAAAAUUUAAUGAAGAAAUAGAAAAACUAAUCGAAGAAGGAAACGAGAAAGAAAUUAAAGAAGGAAGGAAUAAAGAAAUUAGAGAAAGAAAUGAUAAAGAAAUUAACGAAGGAAAUGAUAAAAAUUUUGAAAAAGAAAUAGAAAAGCAAAGUGAAGAAGCAAACGAGAAAGAAAUUAAAGAAGGAAACGAUAAAAUAUUUGAAGAAGGAAAUUAUAAAGAAAUUAACGAGGGAAAGAAUAAAGAAUUUGAAGAAGGAAAUAAUAAAGACGUUAAAGAAGAAAAUGAGAAGGAAAUUAAUGAAGGAAAUGAGGAGGAAAUUAAUGAAGGAAAUGAGAAGGAAAUUAAAGAAGGAAACGAGAAAGAAAUUAAAGAAGGAAACGAUAAAAAAUUUGAAGAAGGAAAUGAUAAAGAAAUUAAAGAAGGAAAUGAUAAAGAAAUUAAAGAAGGAGAUUAUAAAAAAUUUGAAGAAGAAAUCGAAAAACAAAUUGAAGAAGGAAAUGAUAAAGAAAUUGAAGAAGAAAUAGAAAAAAAAAUUGAAGAAGCGAACGAUAAAAAAUUUGAAGAAGGAAAUGAUAAAGAAAUUAAAGAAGGAAAUGAGAAGGAAAUUAAUGAAGGAAAUGAUAAAGAAAUUAAAGAAGGAGAAUAUAAAAAAUUUGAAGAAGAAACAGAAAAACAAAUUGAAGAAGGAAAUGAUAAAGAAAUUAAAGAAGGAGAAUAUAAAAAAUUUGAAGAAGAAACAGAAAAACAAAUUGAAGAAGGAAAUGAUAAAGAAAUUGAAGAAGAAAUAGAAAAAAAAAUUGAAGAAGCGAACGAGAAAAAAAUUAAAGAAGAAAACGAUAAAAAAUUUGAAGAAGGAAAUGAUAAAGAGGUUAAAGAAGAAAAUGAUAAAGAGGUUAAAAAAGGAAAUGAUAAAGAAUUUGAAGAAGGAAAUGACAAAAAAUUUGAAGAAGGAAAUGAUAAAGAAAUUAAAGAAGGAAACGAGAAGGAAAUUAAAGAAGGAAACGAGAAGGAAAUUAAAGAAGGAAACGAGAAGGAAAUUAAAGAAGGAAACGAGAAGGAAAUUAAAGAAGGAAACGAUAAAAACUUUGAAGAAGAUGAUUACAAAAAAUUUGAAGAAGGAAAGAAUAAAGAAUUUGAAGAGCGAAUGAAUAAAGAAUUUGAAGAGCGAAUGAAUAAAGAAUUUGAAGAAGGAAAUAAGAAAGUAGUUGAAGAAGGAAAUAAGAAAGUAGUUGAAGGAGGAAGGAAUAAAGAAUUUGAAGAAGGAAAGAAUAAACAAUUUGAAGAAGUAAUGAAUAAAGUAAUUAAAGAAGGAAAUGAGAAGGAAAUUAACGAAGGAAAUGAUAAAGAAAUUAAUGAAGGAGAAUAUAAAAAAUUUGAAGAAGAAACAGAAAAACAAAUUGAAGAAGGAAAUGAUAAAGAAAUUAAAGAAGGAGAUCAUAAAAAGUUUGAAGAAAAAAUAGAAAAACAAGUUGAAGAAGGAAUGAAUAAAGUAAUUAAAGAAGGAAAUGAGAAGGAAAUUAACGAAGGAAAUGAUAAAGAAAUCAAAGAAGGAGAAUAUAAAAAAUUUGAAGAAGAAAUAGAAAAACAAAUUGAAAAAGAAAAUAAUAAAGAAAUUAAAGAAUUAAAUGAUAAAAAAAUUAAAGAAGCAAAUGAUAAAGAAAUUAACGAAGGAAAUAACAACACAAUUGAAGUCGGAACUGAAAAAGAAAAUAAAGAUAAAAAAGAGGACAAACUUGCACCUCAAGAAUUCUCAUCUGAUAUGGUCAAGGGUAAUGAGAAGAAUGUAGAAAUAUCAGAAAGUAAUAAUAAUAUUAAUAAUAAAAUAGAUAGUGAAUAUACAAAAUUUCCCGAUAAUCUGAAUAACAAUUCAAAUGCAUCAGAGGAUGAUAAAAAAAAAGAAAAAGUAAUAAACGAUAUUAUUGAUAACGUUAUGCAUGAUUAUGAUAAUUCUAUGAAAGAUGAUAAGAAAGCAAGUGACAUAAACGACAAGAUAGACAAACUAGGUGAUAUUGUAGAAAAUACAAAAAACAUAUCAGAAGGAAAAAAUAGUUUUCCAUAUAAAUAUUAUACUGAUACUAAAAGUGUUCAUAAAAUUAUUUACAAAAAAUCAAAAGAUGGAGAAAUGGAAAGGAAAAAAUUUAUAAUUGUUGGUCAGAACAAUUUUAUUAUUGAUUCCGAUGAUAUGAAAAAUCCAUAUCCUAAAAAAUUGUCCGAUGAGGUUAAUAAACACUUGGAAGAACAGAUAAAUAAAGAUAUAUCGAAUACAUUAAGUAAGGAUGAAAAGGAAAAAAAGGAAAAGAAAUAUGCAUAUUCUAACACGUUCAAAUAUGCAGGUGCAACCGUUUUAGCUGGUUUAUUUGUAUUAUUAGCAUCUGUGCUUGUUUUUAAAAAGGUUAAAGGUUUUACAUAUAAGAAUAAUGACUAUACAAAUGAUUUACAGUAUCACUUUAAUUCAGUGAUUUUAUUAGAUGAAGAAAAGGGAAAAGAUACUGAUUGUGGCACAAUCAGUUACAUGGAUGAAAGCUGGUCUUGA